AGGACAUAGCAUAUAUGCUCACACAUACUGGUGGAUUGACUUGGAAGAGAGAGAGGGCAGAGGGGAGAGGGGAGAGGGGAGAGAAAGAAAGUAACAAAACACCUGUAUCAUCUUCUUCAACAUACCUGUGUCUUCCUAGGUUGGGUUUCAUGGAAACAUAGUCCAAUCUUGUCUCUCUCUAUCUAUAUAUGUAUAUCACUAUCUCUAUAUAUCUCUCUCGUUUAAAUUACACAUGAUACAUAACACUUUCUCACGGAGAAAGGAAGCAGUUUAAGAAGAAAACAUUUGAUUUUCAAACAUAUAUAAAGAUAAAUUUUUCUUGAUAAUUUUCUUCGGCUUAUAAGGUAUUUUUCACUUUUCUUUAGAAGAGAUUCUCUCUCAUAUGGACGAGAUCCACCACUUAACAGCAGGCAUGGGAAUGAUAGGGUUUCCAGGGCAGGCCGGAAACCACCAUCACCAAGGCGGUGCAUCAUCAUCUAAGGUGGCGAUCGGGGAGCUGACAACAAAUAAAUUCUAUCAACAUGGGCAUGAUUUAACAAAUGAUACCUUGAUUGUUUCUCCAGACUGGAAUCUAGAUCAUGAUCCAUCUACGAGGUGUGUUUUCCCUUGUGAAGGAAAUGAAAGGCCAAGUCAAGGCCUUUCACUGUCUCUCAGUUCAUCUAAUCCUUGUACCAUAGGCUUACAGUCUUGUGAACUGAGACAACAAGAGGGUUUAAGGUUUAGUCCUUCAAGUUCCAGAGAUGGGUUCUUUGAUCUUCAAAAUCAAGGUCACAUUCUGAUAAGGAACUCUAAGUACUUGAAUCCUGCUCAGGAGCUUCUCAAUGAGUUCUGCAAUCCUGGGACGAAGAUAACUGAUCAUGAUCAUAAAUCAAAGCUGAAGAUUAAUCAUAGUGCCAGUGAUCAACGGCAAGAUGAGAAUGUGAUAAAGAAGCAAUCUUUACACUUCAUAGACCUGCUGGAACUGCAGAAAAGAAAGACAAAGCUGAUUCAAAUGAUAGAAGAGGUUGAUAAAAGGUACAAGCACUAUUGUCAUCAAAUGAAGGGUGUGAUAUCAUCAUUUGAAGAAGUAGCUGGCGCUGAAGCGGCAGCAAUGUAUUCUGCUCUGGCUUCCAAAGCUAUGUCUAGGCAUUUUAGGUGCCUGAGAGAUGGAAUUAUAAACCAAAUCAAGGCCACCAAGAAGGAAAUGGAGGACAAGAGCGCAGCUGAUGCACCAGGUACAAAUAGAGGAGACACACCAAGUCUCAGGAUUCUUGAUCAAACUCUAAGGAAACGGAAGGCGAUCCGACAGAUGAACUUGAUGGAAAGCCAUGCAUGGAGACCCCAGCGUGGCUUGCCGGAAAGAUCAGUUUCAGUUCUUCGGGCCUGGCUCUUCGAGCACUUCCUCAACCCGUAUCCAAGCGACGUGGAUAAACAUAUUUUAGCCCACCAAACUGGUCUCUCCAGAAGCCAGGUGUCUAAUUGGUUCAUCAAUGCAAGGGUAAGGCUAUGGAAACCCAUGGUGGAGGAAAUGUAUAUAGAAGAACUAAAAGAUCAAGAGGGCAUGGAAUUCUUGGAUGGUUCAGCCGAUAUUCUUGAUGAAAAUGAUGGCCAACAGAAUCAAAACCCUCCGCCCGAGGUGGUGCAUUUGGAACUAGAUCAAAAGCCAAGCAGUUACAAACUAGUUAGGUCAGAUUCAGAGUCUCUUUCUCCAGCUGAGCACUACCUCCACCAGCAUGGUUUUGGUAGAGUAGCAGACUCUUAUGGUGGUUCCAUGCAAUUGGAUUUCUCAGCAUAUAAUCAUGAUAAUUCAGUCUCGUAUACCAGUGAAAAUACCGGUCAUGGUCAUGGUCAUGGUCGAGGUGGAGGUCGAGGAAGCCAAAUCAGCGGUGGUGGUGUAUCUUUGACACUGGAUUUACAGCACCAAGGUGCAAAUUAUGGAGAGAAUUCAUUUUUCUACCCUAGAGACCACAUGGAAAAUUGCCCACAAGUUGAAAUCUCGUUAUUGGACAGUGAAAACCAGAAUUUUCCUCGUCGGAAUUUGGUGGGUGCAGAAUUGCUGCAUGAUCAUUUGACAUGGCUAAUGUCCAAAACAAACGAAUGAUCAAAUCCUAGGAAAUUUAUAAGUUGUCGGUAACUAAAAGUUUGCUAGAAUCGUUAAGAAAAUUAAAAGAUAGUGGGCAUGCAUAAAAUACUGAGUAGAGAAACAUCUGUCUAGAAUUUGGAUUUGAUACAUUUGCUUCACAGUCUUCUUAAUGAAAUGAUUUCAUGCAACAUUGGCAAAUCAAUUGCAAAGAAUUGUUUAAUUAUA